AUGGGGACCUCGAUAGACGCAAAAGGCGCCGAACACGCAGUCCAUGGCCGAGAAGGCAUCACGUCCAUCGAUUCGCAAGGGCCACUGCUCGAAGGCAGCGGAGACGUGACCGGGGACAGCCAGACGAACUCUCCGAGGGGCCGGACCCUAUCACGCAUCUCGACGACCAGUCAGGUCGAAUUCAAAGUGUACAAACGACGCUUCUUCGGGCUGGCGCAGCUUGUGCUGCUGAACAUCGUGGUGUCCUGGGACUGGAUCGCCUUUGCGCCUGUCUCGUCCACGUCGGCGCAGUACUUCGGCACGAGCGAGAGCAACAUCAACUGGGUGUCGACAGCCUUCCUGUUCGCCUUCUGCGUGACCACGCCAGCCACCUUCUUUGUCCUGCACCGGCACGGCCCACGCGUCGCCAUCAUCAUUGCCGCCGCCCUCGUGUUGGUCGGCAAUUGGAUCAAGUACGGCGCGACGCGGGCCAACAACUUCGCCGGAGUCAUGGUCGGACAACUGAUCAUCGGCUUCGCCCAGCCCUUCGUUCUGUCCUCGCCCACCAGCUACAGCAACCUGUGGUUCAGUCCAGCAGGCCGCACCACCGCCACUGCCGUGGCGUCGUUGGCCAACCCGUUCGGGGCUGCGCUGGGCCAACUCAUCUCGCCGUUCUGGGCGGACGAGCCACGACAAAUCCCCGACAUGAUCCUGUACGUCGCCAUCAUCUCAUCUGUCGCCUGUGUGCCGGCCUUCUUCAUCCCCGGAAAACCGCCUACACCGCCCUCGGCUGGCGCCGUGGCGGAUCACAUGGACCGCACCUCUCUGCAGCACGACCUGCACACACUGGCACACUCGGUCGAGUUCUAUCUGCUCUUCGUUCCUUUCGUCGUGUACGUUGGCUUUUUCAACGCCUUUUCGAGCCUGCUCAAUCAGAUCCUGGAGCCGUACGGGUUCAGUGAGAGUGAUGCAGGGAUUUCUGGCGCCGUGCUGAUUGUGGUCGGGUUGGUUUUCGCCGCUAUAUGCUCGCCUAUCAUGGACAAGUACAAAUUCUACCUGAGGUAUAUCAAGUUGACCAUUCCGUUCAUCGCACUACCGUAUCUGGUGUUCAUCUGGGCCCCACAGUCACAUUCGCUCGCCUACGUCUACGUCGUCUGUGCCAUCCUCGGCGCCGCCAGCUUCGGCCUUGUCCCUGUUGUUCUCGAAUUCCUCGUCGAGAUCCACUACCCUCUCGGUCCGGAGCUGGGUAGCAGUCUGUGUUGGUGCGGCGGCCAGCUGCUGGGUGGUAUCUUCAUCGUCAUCAUGGACGCCCUCAAGGAUUCAAGCGAUACUGAUCCUCCGCAAAACAUGAAGCGCGCCUUAAUUUUCCAAGCCGUCCUAGCUAUGGUCGUCAUGCCAACCGCGCUCGCUCUGGGCCUCUUCGGUCGCCAGUCGCACGUGAGGAGACGUAGGCUCGAGGCCGACCGCAGCGGGACUGACCAGUUUGUCGAUAUUGGCGUCGACCACGACCAAUAG